AUGUCAGAUGCGGCGAACCGGGCUCUGUUGGAUGAGCAGUCCAGCCCUAUUGAACGGUCCCCAGAAAGAACCUCCGCCAACCAGCAUAGUCCAUCAUUUGAAUUCUCAUCAGAAUCAACGCCUUUAUUACACCGCCGUGAAGGUGACUUGAUUUACGGGACCGAGCAAGGACUAUCGCGAUCCUCUUCAUUCGCAUCACAGAACACGCCCGAAGAUGGCACCAGGAAGAAGCGGAGUCAUGUACCAUGGCCCACUGUUAUCUCUCUCUCUGUUUUAACGCUCAGUGUUUUGGUGAUACUGGUACUUGCGUUUGCUGCUCCGGCGGCGGUUAAAGAAUAUGCGCAACAAGCCGCCAUCUUCAAACCGACAGCGGUAUCAAUCGAUUCUACAACACCCGACGGCGUUCGGGCCCGAAUUCAGGGUGAUUUCGUCAUGGUCUCAGACCGUGUGAAGAAUAGGUCGGUACGAGGCAUUGGCCGAUUGGCGACGUGGAUUGCCAAGGAAGUUGAGACUGGCCCAUCGAACGUUGAAGUUUAUCUCCCAGAAUAUGGGAAUGUGCUUGUUGGAAACGCAGCGCUGCCUUCCAUAAAAUUGAACAUUCGCAACGGUCAUCAUACCAAUGUCGACUUCCUCACCGAUCUAGAGGCUGGUGAUGUUCGAGGAAUCCACGCGAUAGCUAUUGACUGGAUUGAGGGAAGAUUGGGUCGCCUCAAUGUGAAGGGCAAGGCGACAUUGCAACUCAAAUCAGGGUUGUUCGCUUUAGGAACUCAAGUUCUGACGGACAACAUCAUCAUCGAAGGUACAGAUAAACAUGAUUUCCCUGCUCUGCCAACAAUCAACCUUCUCAAGCUAAAUGUCCACGAUGCAAAUAAUGGUGCCAUGGCAGUGGAAGUCUUGCUUUCGUCUUUGAUUGAUUCCCCCGUCGCUCUCACUGUUCCUGCCCUCGGCUUUGACAUUCUGGUGCCCAACUGUUCACCGGGAGAUCCAUAUAUUUUGGUCGCCGAUGCGAAAACAAGAGUAAUGCAAGUUUUCCCUGGCCAAGAAAUUGCAGUCGGUGUUGAUGGUCUCAUCAAACAGCUCCCCGAUGAAUUGACCUCUACCUGCCCAGGACGGGAGAGUUCUCCUUUGGAUCUUUUGGUUUCAAGCUUUAUGCAAGGUCUCGAGAUGACUAUCUACGUUCGUGGUUCCGAUGCACCAUUGCCCAAUACACCAGCAUGGCUUGUCGAUCUACUGCGCAGCGUGACUGUGCCUCUUCCAUUUACGGGGCACGCGUUGGACAACCUCGUGAAGAACUUUACCAUGUCCGAUACACAUUUCUCCCUUCCUAACCCUUUCGCAGAGCCUGAUUCUCCAGACUCGCAACCCACUGUUUCUGCUCUAGUGAAUGUUCUCAUUGCCUUACCAGAGGAGAUGAAUUUUCAAGUAGAAGUCCCGAAAGUUCGUGCCCUUGCAGAUGUCUACUACAAGGAAGAGAAGUUUGGCGUCUUGAAUAUCAGCCACUGGCAAGACGCCAACUCCACAUUGGUGGAAGAUCAAGAUGGCUCGUCUGCACUCCUUGUAGAGUUUGCAAUAAAGGAAGCACCAUUACAAGUCACAGAUGACGGAAUUUUGGCAGAGGUUAUACAAGCGAUGCUUUUCGGUAGCGAUGCAGUCAUACUGCGGGUUGCUGCCACCGUAGACACAAAGGUCUCAACUGGUUUGGGCCGCUUCGCCGUGCGAGGGAUUCCUGCGGAAGGGAUUGUACCCGUGAAGACUUCUAUCGGCAACUCACUUGACCAAAUCAAUCCACGCGUUGUCUCAUUACACCUGGGAAACACGACUCAAUCGUCAAUGCUGGUGCAUACGCAGGCGAACUUUACUAAUCCCACCAACUACUCGGCUACAGUUCCAUUUGUUGACCUUCUCGUACUCUACAAUGACACUUCCGUAGCCCAUAUCACCGCUCACAAUAUCUCUGUUGGGCCUGGCAACAACAGUUACGUGCCUAUCGACUUGUUUUGGUGCCCGCUGGACGCAGCUGGGGUAGAUGGUGUUGAGGCAGGACGGGCGUUGCUGUCAUCCUAUAUAUCUGGCUUUAACACAACAGUCACCCUCAAAAGCUAUCGGAACACUAUUCCAUCUCUACCAGACCUUGGCGAAGUGUUCUCAGCCCUCAACAUCACUGUUUCUGUCCCUCGUCUGGCUAUUCCGGGAUCCCCAGGUAGUGAUGAUGGGGAGCAGAAGCCUCAUUUUAUCCAUGAUGCUACGUUCUACCUCUGGUCUUCCACCGCAGACUUCAUUCUCUCCUCGCCUCUAACAGAGAACAACAUCCUAAUCACCUCAAUCGACGCAAGGGCUUUCUAUGAGAAUGAAGAGCCAAUAGGCCGAAUCAAUAGCCGUGAACCCUUCGAAGUACCGCCUGGUACCUCCAGGAGCCCACGAUUGCCAGUCGAUCUUGACAUGGGUGGGGUUGGAUACGACGCUCUGCGCAAGGCACUCGGUCAGUCGUUGGAGAUGGAUGCUGUCGCUAAAGUUGGAGUGCUGAUUGGGAACUAUGCGGAUGUCAUUCUCUACCAUGGGAAAGGCAUGGCAGCUAAAGUGAGGAUUUAG